AAAUUUAAAUGUUAUUAUUAACGCUGACUUUUACUGUAAAGAAGAAAUAAAUGACAGUUGAAAUUUAAAAUUGAUAAGAAAGCAAUAUGUUGUUGUUUAAUAUUUUUUCAUUGCUGUUUAUUCUUUAUAAUCAAGCAUCAUGGAUAACAUCAAUAUUAUCGAGUCAUUAUGUUUCGUCAGUAGCAUGCAAUUUGACUUUCACAGGAUUAAUAUCACUUUUCUCUCAUCUAAGUCCAGACGAAUAUCUUUUACAGCGAUGGCGAAAGGUACCAGAAGAGGUCGAUUUUAUUAUAAUAGGAGCAGGAUCCGCUGGCUGCGUCCUUGGAAAUCGAUUGUCAGAAAAUAAAAAAUGGAGUGUACUUUUGCUUGAAGAAGGUGGAGAGGAACCUUUAAUGGCCAGUAUACCAGCAUAUUAUUUAGCUCUAAAAAAUCUACAAAUUAUUCGAGCUUACAAAACUGUGAAUGAUAGUGAAUCUUGUCUGAAUGGAUGUUUUUUGAUUAGUGGCAAAGUAAUGGGUGGAACAAGUAGCAUAAACGGAAUGAUGUACGUUAGAGGUAACAAAGAAGAUUACGACAACUGGGCUCGUUUAGGAAAUCUAGGCUGGAGUUUUAAUGAUGUAUUACCGUUUUUUAUAAAAUCAGAAGACAACAGGGACAAAGAUAUCGUAAAAUCACAUCCAGGCUAUCAUGGAACUGGAGGAUAUUUGUCAGUUCAAAGAAUGCCCUAUAUAGAUCCACCAGCAAAAAUUUUACUUCAAGCACUACAAGAAAUUGGCUACAAUGGUACGGAUUUCAAUGGGGAAAAUCAAAUUGGAUCAAUGCAAGUGCAAGCAACAUCAAAAGAUGGCUCUCGUAUGAGUGCAAAUGCUGCCUUCAUUCGACCAAUAAGAGAAAAACGACGAAAUUUAUUUAUCAGAACUAAUUCCCGGGUGGUGAAAAUCAUUAUUGAUACAGAAACAAAAAGAGCCAUUGGUGUGGAAUUUAUAUCAACAAAAACAGGAGCAUCUCGAAUUGUGAUGGCAAAAAAAGAAAUUAUUGUAUCUGCAGGUGCCCUAGAAUCUCCAAGAUUAUUAAUGCUAUCUGGAAUAGGUCCAGCGGAUGAACUCCAAAAAAAUGGUAUUAACAUCGUACAAAAUUUAUCCGUUGGACAAAAUCUUCAUGAUCAUGUAUCCUUUUAUGGAAUUCAUUAUCAAAUACCUGGACUAACAGAAAAUCCAAGUUGUCUGACAAGACAAACUCACUUGAAUCAGUACAUGAAAUUUAAAAAUGGUCCACUUGCCUCCGUAGGUGUUAGUCACAUUGUUGUAUUUGGACAAUCAAAUUUUUCACAAAAUUCAACAUUAUCAGAUAUAACAAUAGCAUUUUCUCCCAAUACAACUGCAAUUGAUGGUUCCAUUUAUUACAAUAAUUAUCAUCAAGGAUCAUUUUUAUUAACACCAAAAAGUAGAGGUUACGUAAAACUGAAUGCAACUGAUCCAAUUUGGGGAAAUCCAAUAAUUAAUCCCAGAUAUUUAUCAGACGAGUCAGACAUGAAUCUUUUAUUGGAAACACCUAAAAUUGGUAUACAAUUAAAUAAUACAAGAGCAUUUAGGGAAAAUUAUAUCAAACUUGAUGAAACACUAUUAGCAGGUUGUGAAAAUUUUCAAUAUAAUACUAAUGAUUAUUGGCGAUGCACGGCAAGAAGAUACACGCAGAACUAUUUUCACUAUGUUGGAACUUGUAAAAUGGGUCCAAGGAAUGAUUCGGAAGCUGUUGUUGAUUCUAGAUUACGUGUUUAUGGAAUUAGAGGCUUAAGAGUUGUUGAUGCUUCUAUAAUGCCAGUUAUACCUCGUGCAAAUACAAAUGCACCAACAAUUAUGAUUGCCGAAAAAGCUAGCUCAAUGAUCAAAGAAGACUGGGUGUUAAUAAAUAAUUUGUAAUUCAGUAAAUUAUUGUCAAUAAAUCUUAUAUAAAAAAGAUUUAAAUUUUCAUAAC